AUGGCGGACCUGUUGACGUACGAGUUCGUGUGCAAGCUGUUGGAGCUGCCGUCCGGCUCCAAGAAAUGCGUCGAGCUGCCGACCUCGCACCGCAGCGUCAUGCUGCUCAAUAUCCGGGGACAGGUGUUCUGCAUGGACCAAGCCUGUUACCACCACGGAGGACCUCUGGUCAAUGGAGACAUUGAGGAGAUGGGCGGCAAGACGACCAUCAAGUGUCCAUGGCACGCCUACCAUAUUGCAGUGGAGACUGGGGAGGGGCUCUACAAGGGGGUGGACAUGGCCAUGACCCCGUCGGGCAAGCUGCAGCCGUCGUCGCCCAGACUUAAAUCCAAGGGUGUCAAGCAGCGCACGCACUUCGUGGAGCUGCGCAACGACGGACAAGAUAUCUACGUCGCGGACUCCUCAGUAAUUCCAGGAGCGUCGAUGAUCGAGUCCGACGUGUACGCGUUCCGCACGGCCAACAUCCCGGAGGCGGCCAAGAAGGGCGAAGUGCGCAUCCACUCGCGCUUCGAAUAG